GUUUGAAACGACGCCGUAAAGCAAAGUAUUUUGUCAACGGCGUCGUUUAAGAUUGUUACAAACUCGGUAGCAUUUUCUGAGAAGGAGAGAAGUUGUCGCCGAUACCAAGAGAGGAACAAGCGCAUUGACGGUGAGUUUUUCCGACAUAACCUGAAUCGAAAGUUUCAAACUUUAUUAGACUGAAAAUUGAUUUUGGUUGAAUCUCAAAGGAAUACUCUUAUUGAAUCGAAUAUACUGUCGCCUCUUUGUUUUCCUCAGAUUAAAAAGACUUUUUUUUGCUCAGGAUUAGACAAAAAAAUGUCGGUGAAACCCACAGUUGCUUUGAGAGGUAUCUUAGUAGGUGGAGUGGCGAUAUUUGCAAAAGUUGCGGCUGCAAUGAAAGCAGCUGGAGGUGUUAAGCUUGGUGCAGCUGCUACAGCUAUGACCGUGGCUGCAACCGCUGCUGUUAGUGGAGGUUCUAAGCAAGAUCAAAAGCAAGAUGCUUCCAAGGCACCACCACCUUCUAAAUAAGAAGUAUUGUUCAUGUAAUUCUUCCUUACUGAAUCCAAUAACAAGAGAGAGACAAAAAAAAACUUCAUCAAAGACCAUUCUAGUUUUUCAAAGGUUCUAUGGAGUUAAAAUGUAAUGUUGUUGAAAGUGUUAAAUCUGUAGUUUUCUUUUGUAAUAACUUCUCUAUACAAUAAACGAGUUAUCGUUGAGAUUUGACCAAGGAAUAGAAGAUAACACCAGAUUCUAUGCA